CCCACCAUCUCAAGAGACUUUCCUGAUCCUUCCAUCCUCAAAGCCAAAGAUGGAAGCUGGUAUGCCUUUGGGACCACGAGCAAUGGCAAGCAAGUACAAGUCGCCACCGCGCUGUAUGCGGAAGGGCCGUGGUCGUAUCUCGACACCGAUGCCCUCCCCGAUCCGGGCAACUGGACCACUGGCUCCAACACUUGGGCGCCUGACGUUCGUCAGAUGGAAGACGAUACGUACGUCAUGUAUUAUUCAGGUGAAGUGGCAUCCAACCCGGCAUUCCACUGCGUGGGCACAGCGACCUCGGAGGGCAUCUUGGGUCCUUACAAACCGUCAUCCGAACCCUUCGCCUGCGACCUCAGCAUAGGAGGUCAGAUUGAUCCGUCUGGUUUCCGAGACCAUGACGGCACGCAGUACGUCGUGUACAAGGUGGACGGGAACAGCAUCGGACACGGCGGGUCUUGCAAUAACGACGUUUCACCGUUCCUUCCCACGCCGCUCCUGCUGCAGGAAGUCGACGAAGACGGUAUCACCAAGGUUGGUGACCCGAUUCAGUUGCUGGAUCGUACCGAUGCCGACGGUCCCCUGGUUGAGGCUCCGGCGCUGCUGCGCCAUGACAAUGGGGUGUACACGCUAUUCUUCAGCAGUGGGUGCUUCACCGAGCCGACGUACAACAUCAACUACGCCACGGCGCAUAACAUCAAGGGCCCGUAUACCCGGAGCUCAACCCCUCUGGUGAGGUCCGACGAUUCCUUCGGGUUGACUGCGCCCGGUGGCGCGACGCCGACGGCCGACGGCGACAUGAUUGUAUUUCAUGCUGAUUGUUCUGCGGGGCGGUGUUUAUUCGAGAGCAAGAUCGAUAUCAUGGGCGAUGACGUUGUGCUCGAUGGC